UUGAAAAACCUCUAUAAAACCCCUCCACUAGCUCCUUCAAACUCCCCCUCAAUUCUCUAUCUCUCUCUUUUCUCUCAACUCAAAUAAAAAGAAAAAACUUAACCCACAUUUUUACGCUCAUAACUACAAAGAAUGUGCCAGCUUCCAACUUCUCCUCUCUCUCCCAAAUGUGCCUCAAAUCAUCAACCUUACCGUCACUCCAGUGGCGACUCCGUUGAGGGCGACAUGCAUGCCUCAUUGAUCGACAAAAGCUCACAAAAUUCGAAGCUUCAGCCAAAUGAUGAUCAAACACAGAAAAAACCACAGAAGACCCAUCUUUCUCUUGCUAUUCAAGAAGCCAUUUCCAUUGCUAAAAUAGCUUUACCCAUGAUACUAACUGGCCUUUUGCUUUACUCUCGUUCAAUGAUCUCCAUGCUUUUUCUUGGUCGCCUCGGUGAACUUGGCUUAGCUGGUGGUUCACUUGCUGUUGGCUUUGCUAAUAUCACUGGUUACUCUAUUCUUUCUGGUCUCGCUAUGGGAAUGGAACCCAUUUGUGGUCAAGCUUUUGGUGCCAAAAAACACACCCUUCUUGGCCUCACCUUGCAAAGAACUGUACUUUUGCUCAUAUUAACUUCACUUCCCAUAUCUCUUCUGUGGCUAAACAUGAAACGUAUUCUACUCUUUUGUGGUCAAGAUGUCGAUAUAGCCACAGAAGCACAAACAUAUCUUCUUUAUUCUAUCCCUGACCUCUUAGCUCAGUCUCUUUUACAUCCUUUAAGAACCUAUCUUAGAACUCAAUCAAUAACUUUGCCUCUAACGUUUUGUGCCACGCUAGCAAUUCUUUUACACAUCCCCAUAAAUUACCUUCUCGUUGUUCACCUUAAUUUAGGCAUCGAAGGCGUUGCUCUUAGUGGGAUAUGGACUAACUUCAAUCUUGUAGCCUCUUUAAUCAUCUAUAUUCUUAUCUCAGGUGUCCAUAAGAAAACAUGGGGAGGAUUUUCCAUGGACUGCUUCAAAGAAUGGAAAUCUCUCUUGAAUUUAGCCAUUCCCAGCUGCGUUUCAGUGUGCCUUGAAUGGUGGUGGUAUGAGAUCAUGAUUUUACUAUGUGGUCUUCUGUUAAAUCCGAGAGCAACAGUUGCUUCAAUGGGCAUUUUGAUACAAACCACAUCACUAAUCUACAUCUUCCCAUCAUCUCUAAGCUUCAGUGUAUCAACAAGAGUUGGUAAUGAACUAGGAGCAAGCCAGCCCGUCAAAGCAAGAUUAGCCACAAUUGUAGGCCUUUGUGGCAGCUUCAUGCUCGGCUUUUCGGCUCUGGUUUUUGCCGUAACGGUUCGAAACAUAUGGGCUAGUAUGUUCACUCAAGACAAAGAAAUCAUCGCAUUAACAUCACUUGUUUUGCCCAUAAUUGGGCUUUGUGAACUCGGAAACUGCCCACAAACAACAGGUUGCGGAGUUUUAAGAGGAACGGCUCGGCCUAAAGUUGGAGCAAACAUAAACUUGGGUUGUUUUUACCUGGUUGGAACUCCAGUUGCAGUGUGGUUAGCAUUUUAUGCAGGGUUUGAUUUUCAGGGGCUAUGGUUAGGUCUAUUGGUUGCACAGGGCUCAUGUGUUGUGACCAUGUUGAUGGUUUUGACUAGAACUGAUUGGGAUGAUGAGGUACGAAGAGCCAAACUGCUGACCGGCGAACAGAAACCAACCAUAGCUGAAAUCAAGGAAGAUUCUUUAUUUGGUGAUUUAGAUGAAUCUAAUCAUUCUUGUCCUGUUUAGUUGUUUUUUUUUCUUAUAAUUGUAUAGGUUCCAGCAGAUAAAAGUAGCU